AUGUUCCUGCUUCCUACGACAGCAGGCGCGAAGGUCGUCGACAAGGAGGUGGCCACCAAGAAGCCGUUGACAGGGACUCCUGCACAGGCUGCGGCAAAGAGCACAAACAAACGCAGAAAAACCAGAGCGGAGAAAAGCUGCCCAGAUGAGUUACGAAAGUUCAACCUGAAGUGUGAACACGGUCCAGUUUGCUGGGCUUACAACUUGAAAUCGGGCUGCAAGAACCAGACCUCUGGCAAGCCAUCGAGGCCCAGCAAAAAGGGUGGUGCAAAAAGCAGGCACGUUCAAAACUGUGUCAAGCCUGCGCCACAGCCAUCAAUGGACACAAGCACCAGCUCCAAGAGCAUGGGGUCGCAUGAAUUCACAGAGCAGCAUGGAUCAAAGUUUCAGGGCAAGCUGGUCAAUGACAUUAUUUUUGUGGAGAUUUGUGCUGGCAGUGCAAGGCUAACUCGCGCUGCAAGGGACGCUGGUUUCAAAGGCAUUGCGGUUGAUCAUACAGACCGCAGAUCAUGCGGAAUUGAUAUCUGCAUUUUUGAACUGGAAGAUCAGAGCCAAGUAGACGACCUAUGUCAGUUUCUUGAAGCUGAGGCUGACAACAUAGCAGCAGUUUGGAUAGCUCCUUCAUGCGGCACUGCUAGCAAGGCGAGAGAAAGGCGCCUCCCACAGUUGAAAAAACUUGGCAUAGCCGUGCCGAUCCCUUUGAGAUCGCAUGAACAGCCAGACCAAAUUGACGGUCUGGCAAACACUGACAAGGUGAAGGUGGAGAAAGCAAACAUGCUUUACAGCGCGGUCGAGCAGAUCACCCGCACCACUUGCAAAGCAAAAAUUUUUACUGGCAUAGAAAAUCCAGCAAACAGUCACUAUUGGGGCACAACACCAAUGCAGAACAUCAUGGAGGAGUUUGGACGCAAGUUUGUGACCUUCCACAACUGCAGCCACGGAGGGUCACGAGACAAAUUGACUUCCAUUUGGGUCAAUGAUGACUGGUUGGAUGCGCUGGAAGCCCGUUGUGACAAUUCUCACAGUCACAAGUCUUGGAAAGUGACUGUAACAGAUACAUCAGUGCACUUCCCAACUUCGGAAGAAGCAGCUUAUCCGCAAGUUCUUUGCCAGCGCAUAGUUGAGUGCGUCAAACAAAAAGUUCUGCAACAAGGCGUCAAACAAAAAGUUCUGCAACAAGGAGCGAUUCUGUCCACAACCCUUGCUGAGCAAAUACAACAACCCGAUGCGGAUGCAGCAGGCCGCAUUGCUCUGGGAUCACUGCCCAGAGGAACAAAAGUGCGACCGUUGGUGGCAGAAUUUGGUACCUUUGUUGCUGCUGUGGUGCCAACACAACAAACACAGGCGAUAGAUUCCUUUUUGGCUUCGCUCCCAAAGGGUUCCAAGAUCACUUCACGACAGUUGCGGAGAAGGGGCGAAAUUCGGGUCGUGAAAGAAGACUGCAAACUCCUUGCUGGGGUAGAAAACUUGCAAGAUGGCGACAUGGUCGAGCUUUGUUGGAUUGGUGUGCCCAGUUCACCAAGUCACUUUGUGGAAAGGGCGUAUGAAGCUGGGCACCCCCGAGGGCUUGACGUGCACGUCGAUGAGGCUAUGCUGGAAGUUGUCAAACUCAACUUGAUUGAUCCUCCUUUUGUCUUGGCAAAGAAAAGAGCUCAGUUCAUGAAACGAUGGACUGAAAGGGCGAAACAACUUUCAGCGGAGGAGGAACGACUGAGGGCACAGAUGCCCGAACAUGUGAGGCAAGUUGUUGGCCGCAAGAGGCUGGUUUUGAUGGGUGAAAUUUUGGAGGACUUGGGAUAUCCAGAUGACAAGCUGGUCAGCGACAUAGCAGCUGGUUUUCGUUUGAGCGGCUACAUGACUAAGUCCAAUGUCUUCAGGGCCAAGUCUAAAAGGCCACCUUUGUCAAUGGAAACCCUGAAGAAGUUGGGCAGGUCCUUCAACACCAAGAACUUUGCGUCUUUGGACAAGCGACAGGAGACGGAGUUGGAGGAAGCUACAUGGAGUGAAACUCAGACAGAGCUUGAAAAAGGGUGGAUAUUCCUCGACAAAGAGGGCGAGACAGACGGCAAGUUCGUGGGCAAGAGGUUCGGGAUCCGCCAGGGGUCCAAGAUUAGGGUCAUUGAUGACUGCACAUGCUGCGGCCUCAACUUGACUGUUGGGUUGCAUGAGAAGUUCAAGCUGCACUCUGUGGAUUUCCUAGCAGCCAUGCUAGGGUGUGCUUUGAAGUUUGGCGACGAUGGGGGGCGACCCCAGCUCCGAGGCAGGACGUACGAUCUACGUUCUGCGUACAAACAAUUCGCGGUUCAUCCCUCCGACCGACAGAUUUUGCGGAUGGGAGUAAAUGUGCCGGGCGCAAAACAAUGCGCCAUCAUAGGCUUCAACUCGUUGCCCUUCGGUGCAGUGGGCUCUGUGGCGGGCUUUUUGAGGGUCAGUCAAGCCCUUUGGUUCAUAGGCUAUUUUGGCCUCGGACUUCUUUGGAGUGCCUUUUACGACGAUUACACGUUGCUUUCAAGGAUGGAGCUUGAGAACAGCAGCAGCUGGGCAUGUGAGGCACUUUUCGACUUGCUUGGUUUAGAGUUUGCAAGAGAAGGACACAAAUGUGUCCCCUUCGCCUCAAAAUUCAAGGCUUUGGGGUUGGAAAUCGAUGUUGGAGAUUUUCAAGCCGGCCACAUACUCAUUGGCCACACUGACAGCCGCAGGGAGGAGUUGCACAACCAAUUGGAUACCUUUCUCAAGGCCAAUGCCAUGACCUCUAAGGAGGCGGAGCGAAUGCGGGGGAGGAUGAUUUUCUUCGAGGGGUACACCUUCGGGAGAGUUGCAAAUUCAGCAGUGAAGGCCAUAGGAAGGUAUUGCCAUAGUCAAGUACCAACGCCUCAGUUUGAUGCAGCAAUGAGGAAGUCUUUGGAGUUUUUACAACAAAGAGUUUUGGCUGGCAAGCCGUUGAAGAUCCAACGAUCUCUGCAUCAGACCUGGCUUAUUUUUACAGACGGGGCUUGCGAUCCAGAAGCUCGCCAUGGGUCUGUUGGAGGGGUCAUUUACGAUCCUCAAGGCAACUGCAGAAGUUUCUUUGGUGAGAGCGUGCCACAAACGAUUAUGGACGCCUUGCUGGCGAACUCAAUGAACCCAAUCCAUGAGCUGGAAGUGAUGCCAAUAUUGCUGGCAGCUCACCUCUGGGGAAAAGCCUAUGAGGGGUCGCAAGUAGUUUACUACAUCGACAAUGAGUCAUCGAGAAUGGCGCACAUCAGGGGUCACGGAGAAACCUCGAGAGCUGCACAGAUGAUCGAAGCCUUUGUGGGCAUUGAGUCGUCCCUGCAGCAUCGUGUUUGGUUUGGGCGAGUUCCGAGCUACAGCAAUCCAGCGGACUCACCCAGUCGUUUGGACUUCAAAGAAGUCUUGCAGCUCGGUGGGAUGAUCCCUGCAGCGGUCAAAUGGGGGUGCAGAGAUGAUUCUGUGAUGGAAGCCGGUGGCACAGCCGUGUCACCUGCGAUCGUGGGACUCACGGCCGCGAUCAGUAUCGCCUUUCGAUGCUUAGAGCCGAUACACCACAACAUGCAGAUGGCGCAAAACCUCCAGGAGCAGCGGUUGCUGGCCUUUGACAAGAUCGUCUCCGCUUGCAAGCUCCUCUUGAAGCAAGUCGGCCGGGCCAAGUACAUGGACAGUAUCUGGUCGCUUUGGUCGCAGCUCUCGCAGAGCAUAUUUAUGCUCGAGAGGACCCUGUGGCCUAACCAGCCACCCGAGACUGAGAUGCACAUCGUGCUACCACCUGAGCCGCGACCGUUGUCUGAUGUGCUCCUGGACAAUUUCAAUGACUCCGCGACCUACAUAUUCCAAGCAAUUGCACCUCUCGAACAGUUUCAUGAAUGGUUUGUCGCUGAGUACGACACGGUGUUGCACGCGGAGUUCAACAGCAUGUUGCUUGACUCGAUCCUCUUGUUUCGCACAACAGAAUCGAUGUUGCGCAUGAAACAGCGCCUCCAAUCCUUGAUCCCUGCACCCGCGGCUUCAGCGAUUGACCUUGAUGCAGACCCACCGGUGGCACACACCGCUGCGGCUCCUUCGGCUUCAUCGACCGCACCUGCUGUCGCCGAGCCCAUGGUCAUCACUAGCGCCGCUGGUGAGGCUGUGACACCACAGCCCGACACCGCCUCGGACGACUUUUCUUUGUCCAGUGCGGAUUUUGCAGACAGCUCAGAUGUUUGCAGAUUUUAUUUCAACUCAGUCAAUUCUGGUUUGCACAAGGGCCGGCUGCAAGAUGAUCUCAAGAAUAUUUUUGCAGGUAAGAGCACUUCGACGCUUCACAGUCGUGCAGGUCCGCUGAUGAGGUUCUUGCACUACUGUUCCAACUCGCAGCUCAAGGCCUUUCCAGUGUCUGAGGAGGUUGUGUACGCCUUCAUGCAACAUGAGGAAGAGAAGGCUGCGCCGACAUUCCUUAAGAGCUUCUUGAGUUCGUUUGGAUUCGCCUGUCAUGUGCUUGGGCUUGUUGGUGCAAGAGCUGUCAUUGAGUCCAAACGUGUCAAAGGAAUAGCAGACAAAUGCUACCUGCUUAAGCGAAAAACAAGGUCGCGUGAACCACUCCGUGUGGAUGAACUGGCAACGCUGGAAGAAAUCGUGCUUGGCCGCAAAGGCCGCUCACUUCCUGACAGACAUGCGGCGGGAUGUUUCCUGUUCAUGGUCUUUGCACGUGCCAGAUUUUCUGAUAUGCUGAACGUGGGCAAGCUCGAAUUUGACCUGAGCAGUUCUGACAAAGGCACACGUGGAUAUGUUGAAGCCGAGGUCACCAGGUCAAAGACUUCCUUUUCGGUGGACCGCAAGGUCAGGCUGCUGCCUAUGACUGCAACGAUGAAUGGAGUCUCUGGUGAGUCUUGGGGUGAAGCUUGGAAAAGCGUUGUGGCAGAAGCUGGCAUUCAGGUUGGACAUGGGAAACCUUUGUUGCCGGGCAGGACACCAGAUGGGUGGCACCCGCUCCCUUUGACGGCCGAAGCAGCCACCAGUUGGCUACGUAGCCUUCUUCAGACUGGUGAAUUUUUCCAAGACUCCAGAUUGCAGUUGCUUGGAGCCCAUUCAUGCAAGUCGACUUGCCUGUCGUGGCUGGCUAAGUGGGGUGCCACUCCAGACAUGCGCAGGUUGAUGGGCUACCACGUGGCCGAUAAGAUGUCUACGAUGCUGAUCUAUGGAAAAGAUAACACAAGUGCUGGACUUCGUGAAAUCGAUGUCAUAUUGGAUGCCAUUAGAGAUGGAGAAUUUGUCCCAGAUUCAAACAGAGCUGGGAUGUUUCCUUUCCUUGAGGAUCGUACAGAAUCGAUGAAGCGUCAGGACGUUCCUGCUUUCGAUGGUCACUGCACUGACAGCUCCUCCGAAGACUCCGUGGACGAGGAUGAACCCGACCACAAUGCCAGGGAGGCCGCGGAAAACGCUGUGCUUGGCAAGUGGGAUGGCCUGGUGGAAGUUGACAAGCUUCCUGAGGGAGAACUUAUGAACUUUAACGUGCGUUUUGAGCAAAAGAAUUCGGAAUUGGCAGCCUUCCUGGAGGAGUUAGGAGACGACACGGAAUUUGUGAAGACUUUGAAGUCGGUUUUAGGUCGUGAUGCUGAUCUUUCUGAGCUUGCAUCGUUUCGCAAGUUGCUGCACGAGGCUUACUCGCUUGUCACCCAAGAAAUGAAACAGCAGCUUGAAAGGAGUGAAGAGGUUCACACGAGAAAACUCACUCAACCUGAACGUGCAGAUUUGUAUGAGAGACAGGUGAAACGUAUCACAGGCUUGACUUUGAAAGGACCUCUUGAGCCCAGUGAUGCGCUCAUUGAUUCCUUUUGUGCAAUGUAUGAGGCAAACAGGAUUCGAUUCGUGGCCUGGGAAAAGUACACAGCCAAAGAGGCUGAGUUGGACAAAGAUGUCAAGACUGAGCACCUGUUUGCGAUGGACUCCAAUGGUAAGUUGAAAGUUGAGGGUAAGAAGCAUGACCCUAUUGCAGACACAUCCACGGAAAUCAUGUUGCAAUAUGCUUUGCAAAGGCGAGGCCUGAGCAUGGACCAAGCCAACUUGUUGGAUUUCAAAAUUCAUCAGCUGUGGGUGGAUCGCCUGAUCAAAACAAGGCUUCAAACGCCACCACACGGAUAUGGAAAGACGACCUUUCGUCAAUUGCUCGAAGCCGACAAGAAGUUGUUUGAAGAACUUGCUGAUGAGACCCGCCAUGGGGUCCAAGUUACAACGAGCGGAAGGCCAAUUGACUUGGUUUUCGAAAAGUGCAUGAAUAAGGCAGAGGUCAUGCACUUACUGCAGCCGCUCAUGGGAAAGUCCUUUGAGCCGAAAGGAGAUGAGAAGACAUCUUCGAGUCGUGUUGCACCUUACCAGCAACAGAGUCCUUCAAAAGGGAAGGGCAAGAGCAAAAGCAAGAACAGCGGGAGUACGGAGCCUGGUGAACUGCAAAGUGCAGCAUCACCGCGAGUUGGGAAUCACGAAGGUGAUGUUGACGCAUUCAAACCCGAAGUGGAGCUGAAUGCAAAGCCUCCCGGGUACCUGGCCGAGGCGAAGUUCUUCAUUCUGGUGUUGAAGAGGCAUACAGGAGUACGGGGGUACAAGGAAGAAAGCUUGCAAAGCAAAGUGCUUUUUCGUUUUGGAAUAAACAUAGCAGUGGAAGUGCAGAGGAUACAACUGGUGCUCUAUUGGAAGGGUACGAAGUUGUCGGAGAUUCUAGGUCUUCAGAACUUGGUGAUGAGUUUCAUGGCACUUUCCCUGAAACGUUUGAAACAAAACCAGACCCUGCAGUUUUUGACACUGCAACAGCUGUCGAAGUCGCUGCACGCUCAAUUCCUGCGGAGACCUUGGACAAAUUGGACAUUCCAUGGCAAGAACAGCGUGAUGCUGAUCUUCAGAGCUCAGUCAAGUUCUGGCUUGUCACCUGUCACCAUACGGAAGAGGGGCUACAGCAUCAUGCGGCUGUGCGACUACCUCGAGAACAAGGGGAGCGCCUUUCCGUGCAGUGAGGUUGAGUUUUAUGAUUUUCUUUGCAGUGAACAGUCUUCAAAGGCCCCGCAGUCCAGACUCAAAGGGUACAUGCAAUCCAUGAACUUUGUACUUCACGUGAUGUCAGUGCAUGAAGUGGAACCUUUGACCAGGAGUGCAAGGUGCAAAGGAGCCUGCUUAGGUGAAUUUCUAAAAGAAAGGAUCCAGGCAUCUCCUCUCAAGGUAUGUGAACUCAAACGCAUCCAUGAGCUGCUCUACACUUGCGAGGACCUGUGGGUAUGUUUGUUCUGCGGUGCACUACUCAUGGCAGUUUACUGUAGAGCCCGUUGGGGCGACCUCAUGCGUGCAGAGAGUGCGAUUACUGACUGUGAUCGCCACGGCAAGCUGCAGUUCCUUGAGGCGAGGACCGGACGCCACAAGACAAUGAAAUCACAGAUGCACCGCCACCAAUUUUUGCCAAUGGUGGCACCAUGUCAUGGAGUGGAUGGCAGGGAUUGGGGUUCAGUCUGGAUCAAAGUUCGAGACACCAUGGGAUUGGAGUGGCCACCCAAGGGACUCAUCAUGCCUGCGCCUGGUCUUCAAGGAGACGGCGACGUGAUUGACAUCAAGGACGAGUCAGAGGUCGUCGAAGUGUCCAGUGCUGAGAGCAGCUCUGAUUCUGAUUCAACUUCUAGUGAAGAGGAGAAUGCCGGGGCCUUACACGAGAAACUGGGCAAAGCCCCUGAAUUUGAUACACCGCUUUGUGACUUCAAUAAGCUUUCCGACCUGAGAGUUUUACCAGCCAUGAGUCUCAUUGAGUCCACGGCAGCCUUCAGACAGAGGUGUGAUGAGAUCACGACUGAUGGGUCGCUGAGAGUUGCGUUAGAUGGCCAAGCCAUCCGGACUCACAGUGCAAUGGCUUUCGCGAUGGGCACCCCACAGAUGACACCGACUGAAGAUCAGUUUGGAGCCUUAGCCCAAAGGGUAUUUGGGGGUGCGCCCAAUGUAGGGCAGAUGAGCGCCAUCAGGCGCAUUCACUUUGAAAGCACUACACUGGUGAUUUCAACAAUACGUGAGAAAGUGACCAGUGAAGGAGCUGAGAAAGGUGAUGCCAUAAAGAAGAUUCCCCUUGCAGAGAAGAAACAGAGGAGAGAGGAUCAGCUUGCUCGGCUGAAUGGAAUCUCCAUGGUUGGGGAAUUAGACCCAAGCCACGCUUUGCUUGACUUAGCAAAUCAGAUGCUGGAAAGCGGAGCGAUCAUGUGGCUUGCUCCUUCAAAAUGCAGCAAGCGCGACGACGAGGUCAUUGAGGCCGAAUGGAACUCCGAACUCAAGUAUCAAUGGUGCAUGAUGCGGAGGGGAUUGGCCUUCGACCAAUGCCGUGUUCUCAGUUGGAACGUGCAUCAGCAUUGGGUCAACUACAUGCUGAACUUGUUGAGCAGGCCAGUCAACCCGGGGUUCCAACAGAUCAAGCUUGAUCAGCUGGUCCGAGCCGAUAGAGAGCUUUGGACACUACUUGCACAAGAAGUUUCAGGGAGCUUGAAGAUGGAUGGGAACGAGAUUCCACUGGACAAGCAGGUCACCAGACUUGCAACAGACCCAAGGGUCACCAUGCUGUUGUUGCCGCUGCCAGGAAACCAAAGAGCGACAGAAGCGCCUGACAAGCCAAGGCCAAAUCCUAAAGCUGGCCCUGUGAAACCUGCUGCAAAGGUCUCCUCAAAGCGCAAGACCCGCGCAGAGCGAAGUUGCCCUGAAGAACUGAAACAGUACGAAACAAAGGUUGCGGCAGGUCAGAUUUGCUGGAACUACAACAUGAAAGAUGGUUGCCAACUGUCCACAAGUGGAAAGCCCGCAAAGUGCUCCCGUGGCUUGCACUUGUGCGCAUGCUGUCACAAGGUGGGAGAGCAGAACGCGGUGCACUUCCAACGCAGAGCGCUGGCAAAAGCCACCAUGACGAUGGCCAUCGACCAUUCAGCCGCGAGAACAUGCGGAUUUCCAAUUUGCGUUUUUGAUUUGACAGAUGCAGACGACCUGGAGCUUUGCAAUGAGCAUGAACAUCACUAUGUGACAUUUCAUAACUGUGCUCAUGGUGGUGACAGAGAUAAGUCCACCUCUUUGUGGGUGAACGAUAGCUGGCUUGACUCCCUGGCGCUCCUUUGUGACAAGAAACACCAGCACAAACCUUGGACCACCACCAUGACUAAUGGGAAUGUACGCUUUGCAACAGCAGAGGAAGCGGCAUAUCCCAUACUGCUUUGUGAAAGAGUCACCCAUUGCCUGCGUGACAAGGCAUUGCAAUUGGGUGCAACGGCGCCCGACACGCUCCUCGAGCAAGCAGAAGGGCCUGACCCUUCACCCCUUUCAAGACUGGUACUUGGAGCACUCCCUCGAGGACACAAAGUCAAACCUUUGGUUGCAGAGUUUGGCACAUACAUGAAGGUUUUUGCUGACCCACAGAAGCCGAAAGACCUUGACAAGCUUCUGGCCACACUUCCAAAAGGUGCCAAACCAGUCUCGCGCCACAUUGUUACAGGGGGUGAUCUCCAGGCUGCUCGACAAGAUGCUGCGGCUGUUUUUCUCAAUGUCGAUGACAAUUCAACCGUCGAAAAGAUCCACAUUGGGAUCCCCAGCGAACCAGAUGACUUCGUUCAGAGAGCAAUUACAGCAGGUCACCCGAGAAGCUUGGAACAGCACCUGGACCCGCAGAUCAAGAGCAUGAUACAUGCCAACUUUGUGGCAGACCCUUCCAUAGUUGCUAAGAAACGUGCCGACUUCUUCAGGAAGUAUGUCAAACGAGCGUCAGAGCUGUCGAAACAAGAAGAGGAGCUCAGGAGCAAAAUGCCUCAACAUGUUUUGGAGCUUGUGGGAAACAAACGCUUGGUGCUAUGGAAGGAGAUCCUCAAUGACUACGGAUACCCAGAUGUCAACCUGAUCGAUGACAUUGCAGCUGGCUUCAAACUCAGCGGGUGGAUGCCAAAGUCACACGUCUUCAAAACAAGGACCAAGAGGCCUUCGAUGGCCUUGAGCACUUUGAAGGGCCUUGCAAAGGCUCUGAAUACAGCCACCCUCCGAAACAUGGAUGUCAGACAAGACUCCGACCUGGAAGCAGCCACGUGGGAUGAGACGGAAGAGGAGGUCAAGAAAGGCUGGAUAUGGUUUGACAAUGGUGAGCCCGACGGUUCGCAAAAGUUUGUGGGAAGACGCUUUGGCAUCAAACAAUCCAACAAGAUUCGAGUCAUCGACGAUUGCUCUUGUUGUGGGCUGAAUUGGACGGUCGGCUUACAUGAGAAGUUUCAGCUGCAGUCCAUUGACAUACUAGCCUGCAUCAUGGCUGACGCUUUCAGGAGCACGGGAAGUGGUCCCUUCCCUUCUAUUUUUGGCAGGUGCUACGACUUGAAAAGUGCGUACAAGCAAUUUGCAGUUCAUGGCUCUGACAGGGAACACCUUCGCAUGGCUGUCCGGUCACCAGUGGACGGCGCUGUCAAGCUGAUAGGCUUCAACGCCUUGCCUUUUGGGGCGAUUGGUAGCGUUGCAGGUUUUCUACGGGUGAGUCUUGCAGUCUGGUUUAUAGGCAUAGUUGCACUUCAACUUUGCUGGACGGUGUUUUACGACGACUACAGUGUGCUGAGCCGAGAAGAAUUGCUAAACAGCACUUCCUGGAGUGUCGAAACUUUGCUGGACCUCUUGGGCCUGGCGUUUGCGAAAGAAGGAAAGAAGUUCCUACCUUUCAACCACAAGUUUAAAAUGCUCGGCCUGGAGGUAAAUCUGGAGAAUUGCAAAGACAACUCAAUGACCAUCGGACACGCUGAAGAGCGGAGGUCAGAGCUUGUGGCCAAGAUCAACGACAUCUUGGCAGAAGGCUGGUUGGAUGCAAAGGAAGCCGAAAGGCUGCGUGGCCGAAUGAUUUUCUUCGAGUCCUAUGCUUUUGGCCGGUUGGCCAACAGUGCGAUAAAGAACAUUGGAAGAUUCUGCGUUGAAAGCUCGGGCAGGAAACGCCUUGAUUCGUCAAUUCAGGGCAGCCUUCUCCUUCUCCGAGACAGAGUUUUGGAAGCCCCUCCAGUGGCAAUAGGCCGACCUCUUGGGGAUACCUGGAUCAUCUUUACAGAUGGAGCUUGCAAUCCUGAAUGCAAAACUGGAAGCGUUGGAGGUCUGAUACUAUCCCCUCAGGGUCGUUGCCUUUCCUUCUUUAGUGACGUCGUGCCGGAGGACAUAACUACAGAGCUGUUCAAAUUUUCCUGCAAUCCAAUUCACGAAUUGGAACUGAUGCCUGUGCUCAUAGCUUGUUUGGAAUGGGGAUCCCUUUACAAAGGGGCACUCAUAGUUUAUUACAUCGACAACGAGUCGGCAAGGAUGGCCCUAGUGAAAGGGAGCGGAGAGACGCAUUUUGCCUCCCACCUUAUCAGCGACUUUGUCAGCCUAGAGGCUGAACUACAGCACAAGACCUGGUUCGGAAGAUGCCCAAGUCACAGUAAUCCAUCAGAUGGUGCAAGCAGGCUCGAUCUAACCUGGGUCGAAAGCAAGGGUGCCUGCCGAACCAAUAUCGAUUGGGAGAGGCUGAGGCAUCGCAUUGGUCUAGGUGGGGAGAUGCCGGAGAUGCGAUGA